GACACGGUAAUCUGCAAAUUUCAAGGACCUCACAAAAAUGAGGUUUGAAUGUAGUAGUUACUGUGAUCUCUUCAGGAAAUAAGACUGUGCCGUGGUUUGUGUGUCUUGUAGAAUUCCCCCCCCUUUCGAUUUAGUGAUGCUGGCAAGAGCUGCUACCUUAAUCAGCCAAUCAGAAUCCUGGAAAACCACUGCAAAAUCUUGACGUGAAUGCAUUGCCAAUGUUUAGGAUGCUCUCUGGCUUUUCUUUGCAGAGGUUGCGAUUAUAAACCCUGCAAGUGAGUUGGGGAGUCUUUUGUGUGGGAUGGUUCUGAAGUCUGUUUUUGUGGUGUGUGGUAAAACCUGGCACUCAGUGUUGUUGGAGCUGUGUGAAGAUGCAGAGCUCUACAUUGGGGAACCUCGAGUUCAGCAGGAGUCAUUACGGUCAUUGAAUGUAAAAACCCUCCAAGACAUGUCAAAAGCUGCCCUGCCAAACAAAGUGGAAAGGAAACAGUCACAGCGCACUGACAUUUGAAAGGUACCUGUUUGGGCAGAAUUCUCAUGAAUACAAUGGCAAACUUUUCCAUAAACAAUAGUCAAGCUAACUGUGUGUUCCAAGAUUCUCCGAGUUGCCUUCUCUUUCAAAUCUUCAUGUCCAUCAUAGCUGCCUUUGGCAUUUUUAGCAAUGCGCUCGUCUUCAUCGUCAUCAGUAAGUUCCCAAAUAUGAGGAAUGUGCCAAAUUACCUCACGGCAUCCCUUGUCCUGUCCAAUUGGUUUGUCUGCACCACAGCAGUCCCCUUUGGUGUCUUACUCAGCGAGGCCCCUGAUGUUUGCCGCAAGAUUGCAUGUGGAGUCCCUCUUGGCAUCAGCAUCUUCUUAACCAUGGUGAGCCUCUGGAGCCAGUGUCCGAUUGUUUGGGACCGCUAUUUCAUCAUCAAGCUACCAACUGUCUACCCGAGGAAGCGAAGUGCCCGUGGAGCUGUUGCAGCCAUUGCUGUAACCUGGCUGAUUCCGGCACUUCUUGCCACCCCAUAUAUUGCGAUCAAUCCGGAUACACCCUCUCAUGAGCAUGCACCGGCACAGUUGCAUUACCACCCGGUGGGUCCGGGCUUCUACCUGUUCUGCCUGAUUGUUGGCAUUGGGCUGCCCAUUCUGGCCCUUGUUUUGGCCAAUGUGGCCAUCUUGGUGGAAGUCAUGAGGAGACGCAAGAAGAAGAUUCGAUCACUGCCUGCAGCACUGUCCUCCAAGGUGCCAGCCAGAGCUUCAUUGGCUGGCACCAGCCUGACAGCUCUGCCGGUCCUUCAUCCAAUUCCAAAGAAAGCACAGAGUGAGCCUGCUUCUUGCAGAGGUGGUAGGAAGAUCACAGUUUCUAGGGUGAACAGGGCAUUGAUUUGUGCCCCAACCCUGGGAGAGCAUUCCUCUGCUCAUGACCAGCGGCCCUCCAGGGUGGUUCCCAGGUACCCCUUGUUAGAGAGCACCAAGGGAAGGAAGCACGGACCAAACUUACACUUGAAACUCGCUCUGCCAUUGAGACAUGGCAUGAAGCCAGGCACAGGGGCACCCCACUGUCGAAGAGCUUCGGCGCCCUCCACAAGACCCAGCCACCAGGGCAGCACCAUCUCUCGCCAGGCCAAACGUCGUGCUGCCUGCAUUUCGGUCAUCCAUGCCCACGGCCUUGGCACCGGGCAGGGCAGGCAAGUCCCACAGGCCUUUUGGUUCAGACGGGAGCGGAAGACCUUCUUGGUCACCUUUGUCAUCUUGGGCAUAACGGUCGGCUUGAUGCUACCCAUGUUUCUGUUUGAGAGCUACGUCUCCGUGGGUCCUGGCACCCCACUGUUGGGCCACAUGCAGGUCUCUCGGAUGUUGUGGUGGCUGAGUUGGUGUAACUCUGCUGUCAACCCAAUUGUGUACACUGUUUUCAAAAAGGACUUCCAAGUUCACUUCAAGAAACUCUUUCAUUGCACAUAAUCCUGGCAUGUAAAUUUCUAAUCACCCUGGACAUUUAUUUUAAAAAAUGUCUUGCAAUGGUUUAAAGUUCUAAUAGAUAUGCUGGUUCGGUCCAAUUUGUCAGCACAAAAGUUAAUUUGUUCUUUAACAGAAAUCUUUGACAUUAAUUUGUCAACAGCAGAAUUAUUAUUUUCCCCUCUUUUAUCCUCUUUAUUUCUAUAAGAUGUACUGUAAUUGAGCAUUGCUGUUAUUGAAAAAGGUAAUCUAAAUCAGAUACAACCAAAAGAAUUCAACAAAAGCGUGACUCCAAUAUGUUGAAAACACUGUUGCUGGUGUGGCUGUUAGGUUGGUUUGUAGUGAGAUCUAUCAAAGAAUUCCAGCGAUGGAUUUGUUUUUUUUUUAUUAAUAUGGCUCACUCAGUCAGUGCUGAUUGUCAGUCAGUUUGGGCCAGUCAUAAAAAAAGACUGACAAUGCUUGAUUUUGGCUGAGCUCAGAAACUUGCUCACAGUUGGCAUUUAUAUAUUCUAACUACAGGUUUAAUUGUCUCUUUUUCACUAUCAUAUGGUGAACUUUAACAUUUAAAAAGGGUAAAAGUUAUACACUGUGUGGGACAAAGGACAAACAAAAUCAGUCCACAAAACACCCAUUUUGUGUGAUAAGAAUCUUUAGGGAAGGAUUGUAAAAUGAUGUAUUGCCGAAUCAUUGGGACACUGUUUGCUGCUUUUAUUGAGCGCUGUUCAUUUACAUUGAACAUAAAUCAAAAUUUCAGCUCUGGUUUCUUUUCAGGUUCAAUUUUCAGGGCCAAGAUUUACUAAAUACUUGUGUAGAAUGCAUUUGGUAUCGGUUCAGAUUUAAAAUUGGAAACUUUUGAUCAUUCUUUUUUUUAUUUUCAACCUUUUGACCUGACUUCAUUAUAAGCCUUUCAUUUCACAAUUUACUUGAAUUGCUUAUCACUUAAGAGCAUGUCCCUCCAAGUAUAAGUAGGCAUCCAGAUAAAUUAUUGGUUCUGUUACUGAUUUGAAAUUGAAUGGGAUGAUUCCAAUAAGCCAU